AUGGAAAAAAUGUCUGUGGAUAGUGAUCAUGAAAUGACCACUUUUGAAUUUGAACAAAGUUUACCACAUUUACCGUUACCAGAUCUAGGAGAAACUUUAGAUCAAUUGAAAAAAAGUUUAGAACCUUUAUAUUAUGCCGAUGGAUAUUAUAAAAAUCCAUUAGAUCCUGGACAAAUUUCAGAUUUAUCAUUUGGAUUAGAAUCAUUUUACAAUUCUUCAGCAGCUAGUAAGUUACAAGAAAAAUUAAAUGAGUUUCAUGCUUCUUUAGAUUGCUAUUUAGAUAAUCUAUAUUUAGAUAUUAAUAAUAAUUCCUGUGCUGCAGAGGUUGGUGAUGAUGUAUUGCCAAGAAAUCCAUUUUUAAUUCUAAAUGAUGACGCAGUAUCGGAUAUCCAACAGACUGAAAGAGCUUCUUUCUUGGUGAAUUCCUCUCUAAGAUUCAUAUCUGCAUUAAGAAAUGAAAUUUUGACUCCAGAUGUUAAUCCUAAAUCUCAAAAUCCUUUAUCCAUGCGUCCUUAUUUUAAUUUAUUUGGUACUACUCGUUAUCCCGUCUUCGAAAAAGGUGAGGUUGAAAGCUUCGAUUUAAAUAAACCUUACACUGUCUCUGAUUUAGAAUAUUCUAGUGAUAAUGAAUUAGAUGAUACUGAUAAUUCAAGAGAACCUUCAAUGGAUACUAGAUCCACUGAUGAAAACGACAUUUUUUCAAGACAUGGUAUCACUUUGAAAAGUUACCCAAAUUCAAAACAUAUUCUAGUAAUAUCUAAAGGUCAAUAUUAUACCAUUGAUGUCUUGGAUGAAGCAAAUAAUACCAUAUUUUCGUGUGCUGAAUUGAAUCAUAUUUUCUCCCAAAUUUUAAAAGAUUCAUUGGAAAUUUGUAAUUUUAACUCAACAGCAUUAGGAAGUUUAACUUCUCAUUCGUACAAGAAUUGGAAAUACGCAAGAAAAAGAUUACAAAAAAGAUAUCCAAAUGAGUUGGAAUUGAUUGAUUCUGCAUUAUUCGUACUAAUUUUGGAUGACUCAACUAGUUGUGAACCUGCAGACAUAUCAGAAGAUUGUAAAAGAUUGUUCUAUGGAACUUCAGUAAUUGAUGCUCAUGGUAAUCAAGUUGGUUCAUGUACUUCGAGGUGGUACGAUAAAUUGCAAUUAGUUGUAACGGGUGAUUCAAAAUCCGCAUUUAUAUGGGAUUCAUUUUCUUGUGAUGGUUCUGUUAUUUUAAGGUUUAUUUCGGAAGUUUAUGCAGAAUCAAUUCUAAGACUAGCCAGUGACGUUAAUGGCAAUGAUUCAAAAUUCACAUUAUGGCCAAAAAUAAAAGACUUGCCUCAUAGAAGGAAUAAGAAUGAUCAAGUUGAAAUUGAUAAAUGUGUUAAUAAAAUCGAGUGGUCCUUCAGCAACAUUUUAAACACGCAUAUUCAUCUUUCUGAAACAAAACUAGCUGAUUUAAUAUCCAAAUAUGACCUUUCAUACUCAUCUAUACCGUUUGGUUCUAGGGCUGCGAUGAGAUUUGGUGUCAGUGCCGAUUCUAUGAUUCAAGUAGCAUUACAAAUAGCACAUUAUGCAUUAUAUGGUAAAAUGGUAUAUGGUUUGGAACCAAUAUCAACUAGAGGUUUUAAAAAUUCAAGAUCCGCUUUCAUCAAUCUUCAGAGCAAAGAAUUAUUAGAGCUAUGUCAAGUUUUUAUUUCUAAUUCCCUUAGUGGGCCAGGAAAGUUGAAAAUGUUCGUUCAGGCUUGUAAAUUGCAUCACGAAAAGGUCAAAGAGGCAAAAGUUGGCAAAAGUUUUGAAAAGCAUUUUAAUGCGUUAAAGCAUUUAUACAGAUUCCACGAACACUUUGGUAUUGAGUUUACUGUUGAAGAAGAGAAGAUAGCCAAAAAUGUUUUUGAAAAUUCUUUGAUAGAGCCUUUUUCUUCACCUGAAUUAAUAGUAGCUAAUUGUGGGAGUGCUGCAACCUCUACUUUUGGGAUUACUCCUGCCAUACCUCAAGGUUUUGGAAUUGGUUAUAUUAUUAAAAAUGAUCAAUGUGACUUAACCGUUACUUCUCAGUUUAGGCAAGGUAAAAGACUCAUGUUCAUGUUGAAUUGGGUUCUAAAUGAACUAAGGGACUAUUUGAGAGAAUUGAGAGCAAUUGAUAAAGAUAUAUCGGGUGUUAAAAUCAGUCCAAUGGUUGAUAGAUUGUAUGAAAUGGAUAACGCUUUGAAGAACACCCACUUAAGCAAAUCUAGUUCUGGAGUUGCAAUUAACGGUGGUUUUGGGUUCUUUGAUUUAAAAGGUCAUAUGGAUAGUAGGGGUGUGUCAGUUAUGAAUUCCAGGAAUAAUUCUAGCGUUUCAUUAGGAUUGACUUAUUUUGAGUCGAAGAAUGUAAAUGAUAGUAAUAACACAUUGCAUUCUACGUUAAUGCAAUCUUCAAAUUUUCAGGCACCUACUGAGGAGGAAAAACUUGACACCGGUUUACAAAUUCAAAGAAUGGUACCUUCAUCAUCAGUGGGUUCCGAAUAUUACGAUACAUCAAGACGACCUUCUACGAAAAGGUCGAACGUUAUUGAUUCUAGGUUUGAAAUUAAUUUCGAUCGUGGUCGUGUAGGUAGAAAGGUUACUACUUUCCAAUGA